CCCCGUCGUCGUCGUCGACUUCGCCCUCGCCCCGUCUGCCCACCAUGAGCACCGACCAGGUCGCCCAGCCGGGCACCAGUCGUGCCCUCGUCCUGCGCGUGUCCAUCUUUGCCUCGCUCGGCGUCUUCCUCUUCGGCUAUGAUCAAGGUGUCAUGUCAGGCGUCAUCUCGCAGCCCUACUUCAAGGCCUUCUUCCACCAACCGACUCGGGCAGAACUCGCGACCAUGGUCGCGAUUCUCGAGGUUGGUGCUCUGAUCACGUCCCUCAUCGCCGGCCGCGUCGGCGACAUCUUUGGCCGGCGCGCCACCAUCUUUGUCGGCGCCUGUAUCUUCUCGAUCGGCGGCCUCUUCCAGGCCUUCACAAACGGGUACCGCAUGAUGGUGUUCGGCCGCAUCACGAGCGGGUUCGGCGUCGGGUUCCUCAGCAUGUGUGUCCCCGUGUAUCAGAGCGAGAUCUCGCCGUCCGAGAACCGCGGCAGGCUCGGCUGCAUCGAGUUUACGGGCAACAUCAUCGGCUACGCCUCGAGUGUUUGGCUCGACUACGGCUGCAGCUACAUCGAGUCGGACCUCUCGUGGCGGUUCCCGCUCCUCAUGCAGUCGGUCAUCGGCGUCGUCCUCGCGAUCGGGACCCUGUUCCUCCCCGAGUCGCCCCGGUGGCUUCUCGACACGGACCAGGACGAGGAGGGCAUGGGCGUCCUCGCCGACUUGCACGGCGAUGGAGACCCCGAGGACGAGCGCGCGCAGGAGGAGUACCGCGAGAUCAAGGAGGGCGUGCUCGCCGAGCGCGCAUACGGCGACCGCUCGUACAAGGCCAUGUGGCGCCGCUACAAGUCGCGCGUCCUCAUCUCGAUGUCGGCCCAGUUCUUUGCCCAGUUCAACGGCAUCAACAUCGUCUCGUACUACGCCCCGCUUGUGUUCGAGAGCGCCGGCUGGAUCGGCCGCGACGCCAUCCUCAUGACGGGCAUAAACGCAAUCAUCUACAUCCUGAGCACGAUCCCGACCUGGUACCUCGUCGACAGCAUCGGCCGUCGCAAGAUCCUCAUGAGCGGCGCUGCCGUCAUGGCCGUCGCCCUGUCGCUCCUCGGCUUCUUCCUGUUCCUCGACGCGUCGUACACGCCCGUCGCCGUCGUCGGGUGCGUCAUCGCGUACAACGCCGCGUUCGGCGCGAGCUGGGGACCCGUCGCGUGGCUCUUCUCGGCAGAGAUCCUGCCCAACGCGUUCCGCAUCAAGGGCUUCUCGCUCGCGACGGCGACCAACUGGCUCUGCAACUACAUCGUCGGCGAGAUGACGCCCAUCCUGCAAGAGACGAUCGAGUGGCGCCUGUACCCGAUGCACGCCGGGUUCUGCGUCCUGAGCUUCAUCCUCGUCUUCUUCGCCUACCCUGAGACUGCCGGUGUGCCGCUCGAGGAGAUGGACGAGCUCUUUGGCGACCAGCCCGGCCCGACCCUCGGCGCGUCCGACACCGAGUUCGACUCUGAGCGCGCCCCCUUGCGCCGCUCGCACUCGCUCCCCUCGUUCCGCCGGGGCGAGCUGCACUCUCACGGCCCCGAGGUCGAGCCGCCCGUCGUGCCCAAGCGCGACAGGAACCACCGCCGGACGCUCAGCGGCGCGAGCCUGCCCGGCCGGGGCAGCGACGGCGAGAGGGCCGUCAAGGGGUGGUGGAGCGGGCAGGGGAGCGCGAGUGGGAGCGUGGGCGGGAGCAGGCCGACGACGCCGAGGCCUGGGCAGGCGAGGGGGUACGAGGCGAUCGAGCAGACGGACGAGGAGGAGGCGAGGCGCUGAGUGGGCGCUCGCUCGUCGGGCGGUGGAGCGGCUUGAUCUCUUUCUCUCUCACAUCGGCCUCCCUCCUUCGCUCCCUCCCUUUCUUCCACCCUCCCCUUCCUUCCGACCCUUCUGCCUGUCGGCGUCCUCGCUCCGACCGCUUUUGCCCCCUUCCUCCUCGCCGUCACGUCGAGCGACUCGCGAGCCGGUCCUCGCCUUGUAGAUACAUCUCGUGAAACCAGCCUGUGUGACUCUG